CACGCUGCAGUGGAGAAGUCUCUGUUUCUCUCUCAAAGAAAAUUCACACAGACUUCAUCAGGUCUUUGUCAACAACACAGCAGAGUCUCUGCCCAACACUGUGUGUAGAUAUGGCUGCUGCAAACUAUCUGCCAUCUGAAGAUCAGUUUCUGUGCUCCAUCUGUCUGGAUGUGUUCACUGAUCCUGUCAGCACACCAUGUGGACACAACUUCUGCAAAAACUGCAUCGCUCAACACUGGGAUAUUAGUGACAGAAGCCAGUGUCCUUUAUGUAAAGAGGUUUUUACCAUAAGACCUGAUUUGAGGGUCAACACUUUCAUCUCUGAGAUGGUUGCUCAGUUCAGACAGUCAGCUCAACAGAAAGCCAGCAGCAGCAGCUCACAGCAACGAUGUGCAAAACCAGGAGAAGUUCCCUGUGACGUCUGCACUGGAACCAAACUGAAGGCCCUGAAGUCCUGCCUGGUGUGUCUGGCCUCCUACUGUGAGACUCACCUGGAGCCUCAUCUGACAAUGUCAGGCCUGAAAAGACAUCAGCUGAUCGACCCUGUGGAGAACCUGGAAGACAGGAUGUGUACGAAGCACGAUAAACCUCUGGAGCUGUUCUGUAAGACCAAUCAGAUGUGUGUCUGCACACUCUGCCAUGUUUUAGACCACAAGACACAUGAUGUUGUUCCUCUGAAAGAAGAAUAUGAAGAAAAGAUGGCCGAGCUGGGGAAGACAGAGGCUAAAAUUCAGCAGAUGAUCCAGAAGAGACAACAGAAGAUUCAGGAGAUCAAACACUCAGUCAGCCUCAGUAAGAAAGAUGCAGACAGAGAGAUAGCAGAAGGUGUUCAAGUCUUCACUGCUCUGAAGGAGUCUGUUGAGAGAGGCCUGAAUGAGCUCAUUAAAAUGAUAGAAGAGAAGCAGAAAACAACAGGAAAACAGGCUGAAGGCUUCAUCAAAGAGCUGGAACAGGAAAUCUCUGAGCUGAAUAAGAAAAUGACAAAGGUUGAGCAGCUCUCACACUCUGAAGACCACCUCCACCUUCUCCAGAGUGUCCAGUCCCUAAACACCCACCACCCAACACCCACCAAGGACUGGACAGAGGUCAGCGUCCAUCCAUUGUCAUAUAUGAGGACUGUGAGGAGAGCUGUGUCUCAGCUGGAGGAGACACUCAGUGAACAGAUGAAGAAGCUGCCCACUGAAGCUGAGCUGAAGAGGGUCCAGCACUAUGCAGUGGAUGUGACUCUUGAUCCUGAUACAGCACAUCCUAAUCUCAUUCUUUCUCAUGAUAGGAGACAAGUAAGUCUUGAUGAUGUGAAGAAGAAUCUUCCAGACAACCCAGAGAGAUUUUCUGACUGUGUUUGUGUAUUAGGAAAGCAGAGUUUCUCUUCAGGAAACUUUUACUUUACAGUUCAAGUUAAAGGAAAGACUGACUGGGAUUUAGGAGUGGCCAGAGAGUCGAUCAACAGGAAGGGAGUCAUCACACUCUGCCCUCAGUAUGGUUACUGGACUCUGUGCUUGAGAAAUGGAAAUGAGUACAAAGCUCUUGAUGCCUGUCCAGUCCGUCUCUCUCUGAAGUCUCAGCCUCAGAAGGUGGGGGUGUUUGUGGAUUAUGAGGAGGGUGUGGUCUCCUUUUAUGACGUAGAUGCUGCAGCUCUUAUCUACUCCUUUACUGGCUGCUCCUUCACUGAGAAACUCUUCCCAUACUUCAGUCCCGGAUGGAAGGAUGGUGAUAUAAACUCUGCACCUCUGAUCAUCUCUCCUGUCAGAGUAAAAUAAUCCCUUCUUAGGGUGUGGGCAGUAUCUGGUUUUUCAUACCUUCAUACCCCCCUGAACUUUUACUGGGGUAUAUGGUAUACGACGGUAUCACACUUCAUUCUAACUGGACAGAAACAAAAAACAACUCACCAGGAUAAUCUUGUUAGUCAUCUAGUUAGUUGGUCCACUAUUUCACCACAUCACCAGCUCUGGUUUUCUUCAUAAUAAAGACACCGAGUUGGAUGUCAAAAAUACGCUGUUUUUUGGUGUCUCUCUCUGAGUUGUUGCUGGCCGCCUCUUUACUGCAACAUUAUCCACCACCACUCUGGAGAAUGACCUCUGGUGGUGCAUGCUGUGCAUUACAUACAAUGAGUUUAACAGACAGAGGAGGGCGCAUAUUCUUGACAGUACUGAAAAUCAUAAUGUCAGGAUUCUGAAUACCCUAAUAUACCGUAAUACUCCUCUAUUUAAUGUGCUGCCACGUAAGACAUAUUGCUGAAUAUAUUUCACUGUCAUAAAAACUUCAUUUAAGAGUAUGCAAAUUACAUAUAAAUAGUGUCUACAGAAUACAGUAUGUGUCAUUGUUAUACUGGGCGUAUAAAGUUAGUAAACAAAGGUAAUUCACAGAAUACAUGCUAAGAGAAUUUUCUGUCUUGUGUAAAUAGUAAUUUGAUAGUAAUUAAUCACUGGUCAGUUUGGGCAAUUGUUAUGUGUUUUGUAAAUACUGGUGAGAUGGCUUAUGUGUCACAGAAAUCUGUAAAUAUGUGAUUGUUAAAUGAAAUAAAGUUGUUGUUGAACUCAAGGCCUGAGUAAGCAGUGACUUGAAC